AAAACUAGUAGAAACACUUAACCAGGCAGGUUUAAAGAGAGGACAAGGAGUGCUUAAACCUUUCUUUGGGCACCACCUCCAGGUGGUGGAUACUUUAUUUUAUUUAAUUAAUUAAUUUUUUAAUGUUUAUUUUUGAAAGAGACAGAGUGCGAGCAUGCGAGGGGCAGAGAGAGGGAGACACAGAAUCCAAAUCAGGCUCCAGGCUCUGAGCUGUCAGCACAGAGUCCAACGCGGGGCUCGAGCCCAUGAACUGCGAGAUCAUGACCUGAGCCAAAAGUCCAACGCUUAACUGACUGAGCCACCCAGGUGCCCCUGGGUGGUGGAUACUUUAGGAGGAAAGGGGGGUGGAAUUGCAGUGAAACCUUACAAGUAAUGCAUCCUGUGCUAUAAUGGUGGAGGCCCUUUCAAAAGGGCUCCCAAAACCAUGCAGUGCUCAAAGAACAAAGUAGAUGAACUUGGGAAAUGUGGGGAACAUGCCCUGCAGCUCUUGGUGCUGCUGCACAGAACUCUUUCACAGGGAGCACACACCCAAGCACACUUCCUGGAUGAACAGCUUCUUUCUUUAAAAUAGAAUUUGCAUAUGACAUCACUGGGCACCCAGCCAGUUCUGAAGAGUUUGGCAACACACCCCCGUUCUUGGGAAGCAAAUGACUGGUCAUGUUGCUUCUCAUGGGUAUUAUUUAUGGUGAGGAAACUUCCCAGGAAUAAAUAUUUUAGUAAUGACGGUACAAGAAGUCCUAGCGAAGAAGGGCAGACUCACACCCUUUGCAAAAGCUGUGCCUGUAGUGUUUGUACUGAGGGGCGUUCAAAGGCAUCUUCGUUUUGCACAGAGACUAGAUUUGAAUGAGAAGUUCUACAAAAUGAAAAACCAGAACCUAUGGCUCUCUUUUCAGCCUUUCAGACAACAUUCCUCUUGGCAUUGCUGUCCUUGAAAACUUACCAGAGUGAAGUCUUGUCUGAACCUUUGUCAUUGGCCCCUGAAUCACUGGAAGUUUCCAUCGAUUCUGCACGUCAGUGUUUGCAUUUACAAUGGAGUGUCCACAACCUUGCUUAUCAUCAGGAAUUAAAAAUGGUUUUUCAGAUAGAAAUCAGUAGAAUUAAAACAUCUAAUGUCAUCUGGGUGGAGAACUAUAGCACCACUGUGAAGCGGAACCAAGUUCUGCGUUGGAGCUGGGAAUCCAAGCUUCCUUUGGAAUGUGCGAAACACUCUGUAAGAAUGAGGGGUGCGGUGGAUGACGCCCAGGUCCCUGAGCUGAGGUUCUGGAGCAAUUGGACUUCGUGGGAGGAGGUAGAUGUACAGAGUUCUCUUGGACACGAUCCAUUGUUCGUUUUCCCUAAGGAUAAGCUGGUGGAAGAAGGCUCCAAUGUCACCAUUUGUUACGUUUCUAGGAGCCAUCAAAACAACAUAUCCUGUUAUUUGGAAGGCGUACGGAUGCAUGGAGAACAACUUGAUCCAAACGUCUGUGUGUUCCACUUGAAGAACGUUCCUUUCGUUAGAGAAACUGGGACAAAUAUCUAUUGUAAGGCAGACCAAGGAGACCUUAUAAAAGGCAUCGUUCUCUUUGUAUCCAAAGUAUUUGAAGAGCCCAAGGAUUUUUCUUGUGAAACCCGGGACUUGAAGACUUUGAACUGUACUUGGGCUCCCGGGAGCGACGCUGGCUUGCUCACACAGCUUUCCCAAAGCUACACUUUGUUUGAAUCGUUUUCUGGGAAAAAGACACUUUGUAAACACAAAAGCUGGUGUAACUGGCAAGUAUCUCCAGACUCCCAAGAAAUGUACAACUUCACACUCACAGCUGAAAACUACUUAAGAAAGAGAAGUGUUCAUCUUCUUUUCAACUUGACUCAUCGAGUUCACCCAAUGGCUCCCUUUAACGUAUUUGUCAAAAAUGUAAGUGCCACAAAUGCCACCAUGACCUGGAAGGUCCACUCCAUUGGGAAUUAUUCCACGCUAUUGUGUCAGAUUGAACUCUAUGGUGAAGGAAAAGUGAUACAAAAGCAAAAUGUUUCUGUCAAGGUGAAUGGUAAGCACCUCAUGAAGAAACUGGAGCCUUCCACAGAGUACGCGGCCCAAGUGCGCUGUGCUAAUGCCAACCACUUCUGGAAAUGGAGUGAAUGGACUCGUCGCAACUUUACCACAGCUGAAGCUGCUCCCUCAGAGGCUCCUGAUGUCUGGAGGAAUAUGAAGUCAGUGCAGGGACAUUGUGUCGUGACUUUAUUCUGGAAGCCACUAUCAAAAUUGCAGGCCAAUGGGAAGAUUCUCUUCUAUAAUGUAGUUCUAGAAAAUCUAGACAGACCAUCCACCUUGAAGCUCCUCUCCAUUCCUGCUCCGGCCAAUGGCACAGAACUAACCCUCGACCAGUGUUCUUACCAAAUCCACGUCACAGCUAACAACAGUGUGGGCACGUCCCCCGCUUCGGUCAUCGCCGUGUCCGGAGACCCUGGAAACAAAGAGGUUGAAGAAGAAAGAGUCAAGGGCACAGAGGACGGAUUCUGUCUGUCUUGGAAACCCCAACCCGGAGGCGUCACGGGCUACGUUGUGGAGUGGUGUGAACGUCCAGGGGACCCGCUCUGUGAUCUCCAGUGGAAAAACCUAGGUCCCAAUACCACAAGCACAGUUGUCAGCUCAGAUGCUUUUAGACCAGGGGUUCGCUACAACUUCAGAAUUUAUGGAAUUUCUACAGAAAGGAUUCCUUAUUUAUUAGAGAAAAAAACAGGAUACUCCCAGGAACUGGUGCCUUCAGACAACCCUCAAGUGCUCAUGAGUAACCUGACCUCCUACUCCUUUACUCUGAGCUGGAAGGACUAUGCCGCCGAGUCCCAGCCCGGUUUUGUACAAGGGUACUCCCUCUAUCUGAAGUCCAAGGCUGCGCGGUGCCUCCCGGGAUCUGAAAAGGCAGUCCUCUCAGAUGAUUCAAUAUGUUGCAAAUACAAAAUUGACAACCCCAAACAGAAGACAUUUGUCGUGGAAAACCUGCAGCCGGCGUCUUUCUAUGAGUUUUUCCUCACUCCAUACACCAGUGUCGGCGAGGGCCCCCAGGGCGCUUUCACAAAGGUCACAACUCCAGAUGAAUACUCCCAUAUACUGAUACGUAUCAUACUCCCCAUGAUUUUCUCCAUUUUGCUCAUCAUGAUCUUAUGCUACUUGAAAAGUCAAUGGAUGAAGGAGAAGUGUUACCCUGACAUUCCAGAUCCUUACAAGAGCAGCGUUCUGUCAUUAAUAAAAUCCAAGGAGAACCCCCGCCUAACAAUAAUGAAUGUCAAGGACUGUAUUCCAGAUGCUAUUGAAGUCAUAAACAAGCAGGAAGGCACUAGGAAGUCACUGACAGAAACUGAACCCACCAAGCCCACCUACCUUUACCUCCUCCCAACAGAGAAGAGCCACUCCGGGCCUGGCCCCUGCAUCUGUUUUGAGAACUUUACCUAUAAUCAGGCGGCUUCUGACUCCGUUUCUUGUGGCCACGUCCCAGUAACCCCUAAAGCCCAGCCAAGUCAGCUGGGACUGUUGACAUCAUCUGAAAAUGGACCGAAGGCACUAGGAAAAAACUACGUCAACUCCCUGGGAGAAAUACCAGCUGGAGAAACUAAUUUGAAUUAUGUGUCCCAGUUGGCCUCACCCAUGUGUGGAGACAAGUCCAGUCUCCCCACAAAUCCACCAGAGCCAGCACUGUGUUCAGAGUACAAAACGCAAAUGGCCAUUCCCAUGGGUCUGGCCUCUCCUCCCUCGAUUACCCUCUUAGAUGAAGGUGAGCACGACCACUAAUCAGUAUGUACCCGUCGCAUGCCUUUCUGCUACACAGACACGAACAGGCUCGGCGGCACCAUUCUGUCACCAGAUGCCUCGGUACGUAAACCCACCGAGCGGUCACGGGGGGCGUGUGAGACCACUACGGUCCGGCUCGGUUUGAGAGGUCAGGAGCUAUGGAACUUAGCACUCCUCCUUGGAGCAGGCUUGGCUCCUGGGGACAGGCUCCCUUGCUGGUGUGCUCCAGGCCCACCUUUCGAACAGCAGGCCUGGAACCUGACAUAGAGAUAGACCCCAGACCCUCAGUACUGGACACGGGGGCUGUGGUCCCACAAGUUCAGUUUUUAGUGAGGAAAUUUUCCAUUAAGCUUUACCCCCAUGUUCAGUAUCUUUAGGGUAAAGGAACUAGAUUUAAGGUUUUAAUAAAGGCCACAGAUGAUUCGAUACUAGAGCAUGAAGUGUCAAUGUUAUUCCGGGUGUGUUUAAUGAAAAAAAUCACAGACGUUUGAGGGUAAAACAGAUUUUAGACUUGCCUUGAAGCGAUGAUAAUGUGUAGUUCACUGAUGCAGUAAAAUGAACUCUUCUGGGGGCACAGACCUUAGAAAGGUAGACACGUGAAUGAUCAGGAAGAUCCCAACUGCCUUUCCACUGAGCUUAUUGCAUGCGAGGCAAGAGCGGGACUGGCAGGGACUCUUAACUUACUGUCAGGAUAACAGCACUCCUACUUGGUAGACAUCAGUCUUUGACCGUGAUUUUUGACAACUACCUCCGAAUAGAAACGAGAAUAUGUUAUUAAUUCCAUUCACAUUUUCUGGUUCCUCUUUUUUUCAAGAACUAUACAGAAAUGACCUGUUCUCAUUUGGCACCCUUUGGUCUUUGCAAUGGUCUGGGUCAAGAAAAUACCCUCACUGUCUUCAUUUAUAUUCCUGUUAUGCUAACAUAAUGAAUAAAGUGCACCCCCAUCGUUGGGCAUGGUUUAGACAUAAUUGUAAAAAGCUCUAUACAGGGUGGGGAAAUUCUGUAUUCGCUCAGCAGCGGCUUUGUCUCCUUGAACCAGUAUGUACAAGGCACCGGGGGCAUAGCGGGCAUUCCACAUGUGCCCGGUCCUUUCUCUGCCUUCUGCCCAUCGGCGCUUUACGUUUAUUUACCAUGUUUUAAGCAAGCAUGUUUAGGAACUCCUCGCUUGCUGUGCCGGAAGCGACAGCACCUCCACCUCUGGUACCGAACGCCCUGCACUGUGUCAUCGGCACCACACAGCCAAGACUGAGAGCAAAAGACGCACACCUCCAAGUAAGGUGACUGCCAACUGGCCGAAAUACACCAGCACAAGCAGGGCUUCUGUUCAGGCUUUUCAACCUUUUCCUUACACAGAACUGAACCUUUUGCUGGAAAACUGGGCAUGUAUUCCUAACACUGUAAAAAUGAGUAUCUUGAGUAAUCUAACAGCUUUGAGAAGACUCUGGGGGCCAGUAUUAUCAUCACUUAGACUCCUUGCUCCUUUCUCAUGCAACUAUAAAAGAAAUGGCAAUGGCAGUGAAGACAGAUUUGUAACUAGUGUCUUUCACAUGGAUUUUCUUUUAAAAAUCCACAAGACCUUGAAGUCAUUUUUGUUGCAAAAAAGCCUUAAUUAAAAUAUUUCGCAGCUGCAUUUUGUGUGUUCUCUACCUCAAUGAAAUGAAAAUCUAACAGUAAGUAUAGCCAGUAAGUCACCUCAUGAGCGCACUAAAAAUGUAAAUUUGGGGAUAACACUCCAAACCUCAUCAGAAUCUCCAUGGCUUGAGACCUGAAAUAUGUGUGUCAUCAGCUCCCUUCCAAGCAUUUGGAUGCACACUCAACCUUGAGAACCAUAAAGCAAAAUACCAACAGGAAAUGUGGGGCUACAUAACUUAAUGCUUACAAUAUCACUAUGACUGCAGUUUUGGCUAUAUUCUCCCAUGUCCGUAACACCAAACGCGGUCAUAUUUAAAGCGUUUGUCAAUACUACGUGGCGUCUUAACAGCAUUGCUUUAAGCAAUGUUCUUCAGAAACUUUGAAAUUUGUAUUCAUGUGUCAGAAUUAUUAGGAUGAAAAAAAUACUCCUGGAGAAUUUCAAAUGACGGAAAAGUAUAGUAAGUUUAACAAACCCUUAUGUAUAUCAUCAGCCCCACAGCCACUAACCCACGGCUGUUUCAGUCCAUCCGUACCCUUAUCCGCCCUCCCUCCUGAUAUUUGGAAGCGAAUCGUAUGAUUUCAUCUGCAAAUAUGUGCGUUCCUCUAGAUAAGCUCUACUUUUCCUAACAUAACCGUAAAUACCUUUAAAAAGAACUGUACCUAAAGCCGAAUUAGUAACACUUCCUUAGAAAUAUCAGGGUAUUUUGGUGGGCAGCACUGGUGUUAAUGAUCUAUAAAUACAUCAAACUGGAGAGCAGUCCUCAGCUGCCUGCAGGGGACCGUGACGGUUCAGGCUGGGUGCAGGGACGCUGCCACACCAAACCACGGACUUGCCACCAAAGGUGCUUGCUCCCAGUCUAACACUUGACUCGUGCUGAUUCUAACGAAACCGAUUCCCCGCUAGAAUGUGUAUUUACUGAGAAGAUCAAGUUGAAUUAGACAACAUCUAGUAUUUCUUGUAAGAGCUCCAUGGAAAGAAAACUGGCUUUCAUCGCAAAGAAUUUACAAAACAUAUUAAGCAUUUUGCAUAAAGAACCUUUAAAAACCCUUGAAGAGAUACAAAAGAGAAAAUGCCUUCAGAAUGAGCAGUUCAAAGAUACACAGUAACUAAAUAUAUUCAAUUUAAAGCACCAAGCAAAGGCAGUUGACUUGAUCCUCUAAAAUAAGCAUUAAAGAAACAAGCUUUAGUAUUUUUUUUUUUUAAUCAACGCAAAAGUAGUUGCUAUGGUCUGAAUGAUUGUCCUCCUCCAAAUUCCCAUGUUGAAAUCCUAACCCCCAAAGAUAACGGUAUUAGGAGAUGGGGCCUUUGGAAGGUGAUUAGGUCACAAGGCUGGAGCCCUCAAGUCCUCGGGAUGAGUGUGCUUAUGAGACCCGGGAGGGCUCCCUAUUCCUUGUGCCACAUCGGGACACAACGAGAAUUCUGGGGCCUCAGAGACGGCCCUCCCUCGACCAUGCUAGCACUCUGGCCUCAGCCGUCCAGCCUCCAGAACCGGAGAAAUAGAUUUCUGUUGUUUGUAAGCUACCCAAUCUGUGGUGUAUUAUUAUAGUCGCCCAAAUGGACUAAGACGGUAUUUUAUUUUUGAGUAUUUUUAUAUACCAAAGAGUCUUCUUUUUAAAUGAAAUAAACUUUCUAAAGUUUAGGUCUACAAAGAUCAGCUGUAUGAUUAUUAAGUAUGCUUUUUUAAAGUUUAUUUUGGGGCCCAAAACAUGCACAUACAGAAGGCAAUGGGAACAUGAUACACAGAAAUAUGCCCAAGAACCAAGUUAUCCAAACAAUCUGUUUCUGUAAGCGAGACUAUCGUACCACACAUAGUCAACUAUAACCUAGCUUUGACCUGGCUUCGUCGUUGAAUUUUACUCUCCAGCCUUGGUAAUUUCCCUUGUGGUAUUUUCUUUCGCCACUAGGUGGCUAUAUGAUACCCUAUCUGAUGAGGACAAGUUUCUGCAGGAGAAAUCAAAUACCUUCCCACAAAAAGUCAUCAUCAUACAUACCAUCAUCACUUAUAUUGUAUAUUUCCUCGAAAAAUUUAGAACUGUUUUAAAGACAGAUUCAGUUUUUCAAACCCUUUACAAUGAAGUAAAAAAAAAAAAAAACCAAGCUAUAAAGUAUUUGCUUAGAUUAUGAAGAAUGUUUUCUAAGUAUAGAUAUUUUAAAACAUUUGGAGUAGGCCACUGAUGUGUUAAUGGAACCAGACUCUUAUCUGUAGUACCUAAAAGUCAUUUUUACCGGGCGUCACACGUUAUCAGCCAUAGUGGCACUAAUUCAAAUCAACGCAAUUCAAUCCACUGAUUGUUUUAAAAUUUCAAAUAGAACAACACAGGUUUUAAGAAUUUUAAGUACAUUUUAUUAACAAUGUAUCCCUUUGAUAAGAUUAUGCUUCAGGAGGCUUUUAAUGCCCUUGACAUAAACUGUACACAUUAUACAAAAACAAGAAAACCACACGCGCGCGCGCACACACACACACACACACAAUCAAGGUGAGCAAAACCAUUUGGGGACAAACCUUCUUUAAAUUAUACACAACUCAAUGAAAUAUUCUUACGGAAAAUAUAUAAAUACUUUUUCUUUCUAUGUUACAGUUGUACAAUAUAAAUCAGAUUUCAAAGUCUGUUCAGUGACCUACAAACACCAGAACCUCCAAAUAUGUAGCAGCUUAUUACUAAAUAAAAAAAGAAUAUCAUGUGGUUAGGGAGCAUUAAGUCCGAGAUUUUAUUCACAAUCCCUUACCACUUACCACUUUUCAAAACUAAUCUACACCAUUUGUUUUACAACGCAGCUUCAGGGUUUCUGCCAGGCCAGUAAUGGAACAUUUUUCAACUAUUAUCUACGAACAAUUUUUAUCUCCCCGCCUCUGCCCCAACGCUUUGUAUAUUUGUGCUAAAUCAACCAACUUAGUGACAAAAUUAUAAGGUAUACUUUUUGGCAUAAAUUAUAUUCUUCAAAUUAAAUAUUUUAUAAAAAGAAUCAAAUAAGAUGUGCAAUUAAUGCGUGUUGUGGCAUAGCUAUCCACCUACAUUACAAAAAUACUCCAAAGGGGGGUGGGGAAUCCACAUUCUGUGUGAGUCAUAUAAACCUACUAUGAAUGAACUCUACUCUGGAAACCUGGAACUAAAAGAAAGAAUGUUCCUAGAAAGAUUCUCACAGAUUUCAACGUUGUCUGAUAGACACUGCUAUCCAUUUCACUAGUAGGCUUUUAUAAGGAAACUCUCACUGUAGUGAUACUCUGGAAAUGAAGCUGGUAAUAAUGGAUUUCCUGAAUGGGGAGACAAGGGAGACCUUCCCCAACUUACAUUUUGGAAAACCUGAAAUGUUCUUUCAUCCCAUCAGUUCUUCUCCCAAAACUCUCUCAGUUAGUUCUACCUUCUCUUUUUUCCCAUGUGUAUUGGAUUGUUGAUCUGAGACAACACUGGAAGCAUAAAACAAAAGGGGGAAAACCUUCCUUCCAAAGGACUUUUCCCAACGUGGUUUACAAAGCUAAUCUCACACAAAGUUAGCACCUCACUCUUACCAAAAACGACUGUGGUUGUAAUCUGGACAAUUUGAUGGGUUUUUAUUGCUCAAUGAUCUGUGCUUUAAUGUGGGGAUAAAAGGCAUCUUCUGAAUGGAAUGAAAAAACAAUUUAUAUAAAGAGCAGUAGACAAAUCAGAAUAAGCACUGACGCCUCACUGUCGAACGCUUUACCACCGUGAUGUGCCCUGAAGAACUCAGCUUUAAUUACCUCAAGCCCUGGAUAAAAGAGCUGAAGACUAUUAAAGCUACUAUUUCAAAAGAACUUGUACACAUGAUGUUAGAAUAACUGGCAUAAUGAUGUAUAUCGAUACCUCCAGAGGGCCUCUAUUUUAAUGUCACUGUCUUACAGAACGUACUUAUGCUACUAAUCUUUAUUAGAAAAUUUUUUAUUAGGGAGACAUUUCCCCCCUUCAAAUCUACCUAGGCAUAAAUAGGAAAUAAAAGUAUAAGAAAUCUUAGACCAUAUUUAAUUAUCAAUACUAAUUUCUAAUUUCCUUAUCAUUUAUCAGUAUUUACUUUAGUAUGUGAAGCUGAAAUCUGUUCUUGAAAAAAAAUUUCAAUUAGAAAUAACAAUUCACUUUAUAAUUAGAUAUUCACAGCUUACAACAAGCACAACUGCCCAAAUUCCUCCCAAUUAUUCAAUAAUUACCCAUAGUACAAAUUUAUAUGGACUAAGAUUAAUUCUAAAAUCUCAAAAAACUACAGUAUUGACAUUAUUUUGGUACUUUAUAGUCUGGUAGUUAUUAUUUAUAGAUGAUUUUCUCAAUUAUUUCUAUUACCACUGACACCAUUCCUAAUCUUUUCUGCUAUAAUUUAAAAUUUUUAAAUACUAAGUUAAUCACUUGGCACUGCAUGUGAGCAUUUUGCAUUAAAGUCUUUUAUGCAAAUGAGUACUUGAAAACAUAUUAGACCCAUCAGUGAAACAUGGAUAAACCAAAUAGCACUAUACAUUUAAGUACAGACUUUUUUUUUCCCUUAGAUUACUGAUAACCACAAAACGCUGUCUCCCCAAACUAAGUGCUAUAGGCAAUUACUAUAAUGCAUACAUAGUCUUUCAAAGUAAAAGUCAAAAAACAACAACAACAACAACAAAAAC